GCUGUGCUCUCAGCUGUCCACUGUUCUCCAGCCCUGUCACUUCAACGCUGCCACCACAGCGAGAGGCUGCGAGGCCUAGUGAUACUGUCUGGGUGGCUGGUGUGAGUCCAGAAGGUACUGGGGGCUUAGCCCUGAAGGAGGAGGACUAGCCUUCCCCAGGACCACCAUCAAGGUCUUAGGGAACUCCCUCCUCCUACCCUGAACUGACUUAGGGAGUCUGAGAAGUAAGGCAUCUCUCCAUCCCUUCAUCUCCCCAAUCCUGAGUCUGUUCGGCUUCUUCGUCUCUCUCCUUAUCUGUUUCGGCGUUAGGAAGGUUGAGAAACAAGAAGCCAACAGCCUUGAUUACCAUACUGGACUUGAAGACCCUGGAGCUGUCCCCUCGACGUGGAGAGAUAAGUGGCCACCCUACUGUGUGCAGCAAGAAUACAGGAAUAGAAGAACAGCAGUCAGAUUAGACCUCAUAGUGGGGUCCGUCCUCUUGUAAGAUGACAGAAAAGGAGGUGGUGGAGUCGCCUCAACCCCCCUUUCCAGAAGAGACUCCACAAGGUGGGCUACAGCGACUGAAGCAGCUGUUCAAGAAGGGCUCUCCAGAGACGGCGGAGACGGAGCCUCCCCCAGAGCCACAGGCCAAUGGCGAGGCAGUGGGGGCUGGGGGUGGACCCAUCUACUAUAUCUAUGAGGAGGAGGAGGAAGAGGAGGAGGAAGAGGAACCACCCCCAGAACCUCCUAAGCUUGUCAAUGACAAGCCCCACAAAUUCAAAGAUCAUUUCUUCAAGAAGCCCAAGUUCUGUGAUGUCUGUGCCCGGAUGAUCGUGCUCAAUAACAAAUUUGGGCUCCGGUGUAAGAACUGCAAGACCAACAUCCAUGAACAUUGUCAGUCCUACGUGGAGAUGCAGAGGUGCUUUGGCAAGAUUCCACCUGGUUUCCGCCGGGCCUAUAGCUCCCCGCUCUACAGCAACCAACAGUAUGCAUGUGUCAAAGAUCUCUCUGCUGCCAAUCGCAACGACCCCGUGUUUGAAACCCUUCGCCUCGGGGUGAUCAUGGCAAACAAGGAACGGAAGAAGGGACAGGCAGAUAAGAAAAAUCCUCUAGCAGCCAUGAUGGAGGAGGAGCCAGAGUCAGCCAGGCCCGAGGAGGGCAAGUCACAGGACGGAAACAAUGCAGAAGGGGACAAGAAGGCUGAGAAGAAAACAUCUGAUGACAAACACAAGCAGCCUGGCUUCCAGCAGUCUCAUUACUUUGUGGCUCUCUAUCGGUUCAAAGCCCUGGAGAAGGAUGAUCUGGAUUUCCCGCCAGGGGAGAAGAUCACAGUCAUCGAUGACUCCAAUGAGGAGUGGUGGCGGGGGAAGAUCGGAGAGAAGGUCGGAUUCUUCCCUCCAAACUUCAUCAUUCGGGUCCGGGCUGGAGAGCGUGUGCACCGUGUAACCAGGUCCUUUGUGGGGAACCGCGAGAUUGGGCAGAUCACUCUCAAGAAGGACCAGAUCGUGGUGCAGAAAGGAGAUGAAGCCGGCGGCUAUGUCAAGGUCUACACGGGCCGCAAGGUGGGGCUGUUCCCCACUGACUUCCUGGAGGAGAUCUAGGUGUGGGCGCCUGCUAGCGGGAGACACGCUUGCCCUGGGCGGGGCCCAGGGAGGGUAGCAGGGGGCCGGGGCCAGGGGACUACUGGAUGAGAAGAGCAGGAAAG